AUGUUAUUAAUUUUAAGCGUUAUUCUUAUUACGUUUAUACAAACGCUUCACGCCAUCGAUUGGGGUUGCUCUUCAAAUGACCCCGUUUGUGGUGCCGACGGAAAGUCAUAUAACAAUAUAUGUGAAUUUAACAACGCAAAAUCUGAAGACGGAGAUCUAACAAUAUUGUACGAGGGACGCUGUCUGAUUGGGCUAACUUCAUAUGAUGGUAAAAAAAAACAAGAACCGAAAGACCAAGAUACUCUUAAAUCUAAAUACAAAGCUUUAAAAAAAAUACCGAAACAAAACCUUGUGCAACAAAUACCUGUAUAUGCCGGAGAUCCUGAAAUUUUGUUUAUAUUCAGCAAAUGUUUCCGAAAAUGCCGAAUAGAUUGUCCUCGUCAGAUAAUAUUUGUUAAUAAAGUCAUAUAUUUUACACCUCCAUGUAUGCGAUGCUGUUUAAGUAAU